CAAGUCACAGCCCUCGCAGUAUAUUCAGUCAGCUGCUCUCACUGAGUCUCAUAUCUCUCCCACAUACACUCUGAGACACACACACACUCACUCUUACUUGAGUGAGCGCAGUUUGAGGGCAAAUAAGUCAAUAUUUGACUAGAGCGGACUGUACAGGAACAAAGAAACAGAAGAAAGUAGAAGCUGGAAGUGCGUCCGUUUCUGUUUGUAAGGGGAACUGUCAACUUGGUCACAAGGAUUUGAAGUUUUUGGUUUUUUUUUUCCUUUUUCUGCUAACAGGUGGAUACAAAAACUCUUCACCAAACUCCUGGGUCAAACAAAGCAGAGAAAAAAAACAGGGAAAUAGUUUUCUUAUUUAUUGCUGCACCUUUGGACCUGGACUGGGCGAGAACACAGUAACAGGAAGGAGAUGGGGAGAUGGACGUUACAUCUCUCGGUAGGGAUCGCGCUUGUAGCGGUCCUGUUGACCUGCUCCUAUGCUGAAGAGAACUACUGCUUUGCCUCCAGGGCCAGCUCCUGCUCAGAAUGUCUGCAAGCCGGGGUCGGCUGCGCUUACUGCUCUGAAGAGACCUAUAAUGGCCCUCGCUGUGACCUGCAUAAGAACAUAAUUGUCCAUGGCUGCCAGGCUGCAAGCAUCAUUACAGUUAAAAGCAGCCAGGAGAUACUAAAGAAAGAAUCAAUCAACGUCAAUCUUGAGAAGUCUCAGGUGUCACCACAGAGUACCAUGAUGACCUUCCUGCCAGGGGAGGAGAAAAACAUGACGGUGCAGGUGUUUGCCCCAGAGAAAGGCCCUCUGGAUCUUUAUAUUCUUAUGGACUUUUCAAAUUCCAUGGAGGACGAUUUGGACAACUUGAAAAAAAUGGGGAAGCAGUUGGCUUUGCUGGUGGGGAAGCUGUCGAGUGACUACACUAUUGGAUUUGGAGAGUUUGUGGACAAAGUGAUAGAGCCCCAGACUGACAUGAGGCCCAUCAAACUUAAACAGCCAUGGCCCAACAGCGACCCUCCGUUUGCUUUCAAAAAUGUCAUUAAAUUGACAAGCAACGUAAGUGAAUUCACCGAGAAACUUCAGAAGGAGAGAAUUUCUGGCAACCUGGAUGCCCCAGAGGGAGGCUUCGAUGCCAUAUUGCAGGCUGCAGUGUGCGGGGAUAAAAUUGGCUGGCGACAAGGCAGCACACAUCUCCUGGUCUUUUCCACGGAGUCAGCCUUCCACUAUGAAGCUGAUGGCGCUAAUGUGCUAGCAGGCGUCUUGCCACGCAAUGAUGAGCAAUGCCAUCUCAACGAGCAGGGUUCUUACACAGAGGCUACAAAACAGGAUUACCCAUCAAUACCAACGCUGGUCCGUCUCCUGGGAAAGAACAACAUUAUCCCAAUCUUUGCUGUCACUGACCACUCCUACACGCACUACCAGAAACUCAAAGAGUAUUUUCCCAUUGCUGAGGUUGGUCUGCUGCAAGAAGACUCAUCCAAUAUCCUUGAAGUCAUGGAGACUGCCUUUACGAAUAUCCGAGCUAAGAUGAGCAUCCGUGCAGAGGACAGGCCCAAGGCUUUCGAGGCGAAGUUCUUGAAAGAAAGUGGACAGAUUGCAAAAUACGGGGAAUUUAAUUUCCAGCCAGGAAUAAUUGGCAAAUUCGUGAUGCAGCUCAAAGCUCAACGGAUGAUUGAUGAAAACCACGUCUGCAAAAUGGACCCGAAUGAAAACAAGGGAGUAAUGAGAGUCAAACCGACCACCUUUAGCACCGGGGUCAUGGUUGAUGCCACAAUUUUGUGUCCAACCUGUGACUGUGAGAAGUCACCCAUUCGUAAUGCACCUCGAUGCAAUGGAAAAGGAGACCUGGUGUGUGGGAAAUGUCGAUGCCAUGGUGGCUGGGUGGGUCCUUUCUGUAAUUGUUCAGGGAGUGGUUCAGCUGCAGACAUCAACCAGUGCAAAGCAAAGGAAACAGAUGAACCUUGUUCCGGACGCGGAGAAUGUCAGGAGUGUGGAACCUGCAUAUGCUACAACCCGAAUCAGUUUGAAGGACCCUACUGCGAGUAUGACAAGACCCAGUGCCAAAGGCAUGCAGGUUUCCUCUGCAAUGACCGUGGCUCUUGCGUUAAGGGUCAGUGUGCGUGCACUGAGGGCUGGACAGGAAAUGCUUGCGAGUGUCCUACGAGCAGCCAGACCUGUCUGGACAGCAAAGGGGUUAUCUGCGGUGGUCGAGGUAAAUGUGUAUGCGGCCGGUGUGAAUGUUCAGACUCUGGGAUGGAGUUGACUUCAACCUGUGAGCCAAAUUUCCAGGCUCAGCUAGGUGUGUGUGAGGGCACGAGGAGUUGUGUCCAGUGUCAGGCCUGGAAGACGGGAGAGAUGAAGGAAACAGAGAAGUGUGACAAGUGUCCGUUCAAAGUCAUCAUGGUGGACGAACUGAAAAAAAAGGAGGAAGUGUAUGAGUCAUGCAGUUUCCGUGAUGAGGACGAUGACUGCACGUACCACUACACCGUUGACAACGCGAAAGAUUCAGAAAAGACAGAUUUGGAGGUUCAGGUGCUCAAGAAGAAGGACUGCCCCCCUGGGAGCCUCUUGUGGUUGCUUCCCCUCAUCCUGUUCCUCUUGUUGCUGUUGGCUCUUCUGCUGCUUUGCUGCUGGAAGUAUUGCGCCUGCUGCAAGGCCUGCUUUCAGAGCUGUCUGGCUCUGCUGCCUUGCUGUAGGAGAGGCCGCAUGGUUGGAUUCAAAGAAGAUGAAUAUUUGCUCCGUCAGUCUCUGCUUACCUCAGACCAUCUUGACACACCGAUGGUGAGGACCGGUCCACCCAAAGGUACCGAUGUGGUUCGCUGGAAGGUUACAGACAAUGUCCACCGUGGAUCCAAUCACCCCCAGGCUCUAAUAAAGCCAAACCCUAAAGAGACCAUCCCAUUCCCGAUCUCACUUCGACUGAACAGGCUCUUCUCUGAGAGCCUGACACACCCCGAUUCCAGAGAGGGUGACCAGCUCCGCAAGGAAGUUGCAGAUAAUCUAAAUGAGUUGUACAAGCAAAUUCCUGGGGCGCAGAAGGUGCAGAAGACCUCCUUCAGAACACAGAGAAAUGCUGGAAAAAGGCAGGACUACACCAUCAUGGACACCGUCUUGUCUGCUCCUCGCAGCAGCUACCCAGAUAUCGUCAAACUUACUGAAAAGAACGUCCAGUCUGGAAACUUCCACGACCUGAAAGUGGUGCCGGGCUACUACACAGUAGCUACAGAUAGAGAGGCUGCUGGAGCCAUAGAGUUCCAAGAAGGUGUGGAAUCAGUAGACGUCCAUGUGCCGCUCUUUGUCAAAGAUGAAGACGAUGACAAGAAACAGCUGCUGGUGGAGGCUGUAGAUGUGCCUUUGGGGAUUGCAGAGAUUGGAAAACGUUUGGUUAACAUCACCAUCAUCAAAGAGCACGCCACCAGUGUCUUUUCAUUCCUCCAGCCGUCUUACACCUACAGCAGGAAGGAUGGAGUGGCCAACAUCCCAGUCAGCAGAGAGAUCAUUGAGGAUGGACGCACACAAGUCGCAUACCGCUCACGAGACCUCACUGCCAAAGAUAAGAAGGACUACUUGACUGUAGAAGGAGACCUGACCUAUGGUCCAGGUGAGACUCAGAAGAUAGUUCCUGUUCGUCUCCUGGAGCUGAGUGAGAAAGAUGGUCUACUAGAAGACAAACAGGUCAAACAGUUUGUCAUGGACCUCAGUAAUCCAAGGCAGGGUGCCAAGCUGGGACGCUACCCGAGAACCACUGUUACCAUCGCAGACCUGCCAGAACCCAGUGUGAUGGCGUUCAAGAAGGGCACCCAGAACUUCACCACAACAGAUCCAACCUACAUCAUUCCAGUGGUCCGCACUCGCAGCCCCGAGACCCCUGCCACAGUGAAAUGGCGCACCAAGAAGGCCCAGCGCUUUGAGUUAUCUGGCCCUCUGAAGUUUUCUCCCGGAGAGACAGAAAAGAACAUUGUGAUUGAUCCAAAAGCCUACCCCGGACCCAUCCAGCCUGAGACCUUCCAGCUUGAGCUAUUUGACCCAAGUACCAACGCUUCUAUUGGAGACAAGAAGACCACCGUUGUCAAUGUCACAGAUGGAGUUCCAAGAUCUCCUGAAAUAGCACAGAUGGUACAGAAGGGCUUCAUAAACAGGAAAGCUGCCUCACCUGGUGGUCACCUCCUCUCCCCAGAAAACCCUAAGGCUGUAGCAACUGGACCCAGAAGCAUCCGCCUCAACUGGGAACCUCCACCUGGUAACCCCAUGGGGUACAAGGUCAAGUAUUGGAUCUAUGGUGAUCCAGAGAAAGAUGCCCAGGUCUUAGAUGUGAAGACUCCACAUGCUGACUUGACCAACCUGUAUCCCUACUGUGACUAUGAGAUGCGAGUGUGUGCCUACAAUUCAGUGGGAGAUGGCUACGAUACUGACGUCGUCGCCUGUCAAACACUGGAGGAUGUGCCCGGAGAACCUGGUCGUUUGGCCUUCAAUGUCAUCAGUCCAACUGUCACUCAGCUCAGCUGGGCAGAGCCUGCAGAGACCAACGGCAACAUUACGGCUUACGAGGUCAUCUACACGCCCAUCGAUGACGAUAUGAAGCCAGUAGGACCAGCUAAGAAAGUGAAGAUCGACAAUCCUAAAAAGCGAAUGCUGUUGAUCGAGAACCUCCAGAAUGCACAAACCUAUCAGUACAAGGUCCGUGCCAAGAACAGCGUGGGCUGGGGUCCCUUUAGAGAUGCAACCAUCAACUUGGCAUCGCAGCCAGCCAGACCGCUGUCCAUUCCCAUCAUUCCAGAUGUCCCCAUUGUGGAUGCCGAGGCGGGAGAUGAGUAUGACGGCUACCUGAUGUACAGCAACGAGGUGCUGAAGUCACCUGUAGGCUCCAAGACACCCAGUGUGUCUGGUGACGAUUAUAUGAACGGGAAGUGGGAACAGAAUUUCCUUUUCCCCGGAGGGUCAGGAACACGUAACCUGUCAGCAUCGUCCUCCCCCAUGUCCACUCUGAGCUCAAACUACAGAGGGGCGGGUGGCUCCUAUACCACGGAAACAACCACCACCUACUUGUCUGGGCCAGGAGGCUCUCGCAGACAGGAUUUGAUCUGUGGUGUCCACACCUCUGACGUUAUCCUGAGGAAGCGUUCGGAGAACCGAGGCUACAUGGAAGAAAACAUCCGUGAUUCUAUCGUCAUGGGGGACCUGUCAAGCAAAUUCCCGGAUCUUGAUGCACGACUCGCCCCCGGCAUUCCAGACACCCCGAGCAGACUGGUGUUUUCUGCACUGGGACCAACGGCCCUCAAAGUCAGCUGGCAGGAGCCCCACUGUGAGAAAGACAUCCUCGCAUACUGCGUCCUCUACCAGCUCCUCAACGGAGGUGAGAUGAAGCGUAUCAACGUGACAAACCCGGCAGAGAACUCGGUGAUCAUCCAGGACCUGCUGCCAAAUCACUCCUACCUGUUUAAGGUGAAGGCUCAGAGCCAGGAGGGCUGGGGUCCGGAAAGAGAGGGCGUCAUCACCAUCGAGUCUGCUGUCGACCCCAAGAGCCCCCUCAGCCCUGUGCCAGGUUCGCCUUUCACUCUUAGCACUCCCAGCGCUCCAGGACCUCUGGUGUUCACAGCUCUGAGUCCUGAUUCGCUGCAGCUCAGCUGGGAGAAACCACGCAAGCCCAACGGAGAAAUCCUGGGAUAUGUAGUCACCUGCGAACAGCUGCAUGGCGGAGGUGAUAUGCGUUCCUUCCAGGUGAACAGCGAUGGCGCUGAAACCAGUCUGACCGUUCCCAACCUGACUGAGAACAUGCCCUACAAGUUUAAGGUCCAGGCUCGAACCACACAGGGCUUCGGUCCGGAGAGGGAGGGCAUCAUCACCAUUGAAUCUCAGGAUGGAAGUGCUUUGUCCCAGCACAGCAGCCAGUCGAUGACACGGCGGGAGGUUUUCCACAUGCCAACGGAAGUCAGCACACGAACUAACAUCUCCCACACCGUGCUCGACGACCCCUUCUUCUCAGAUGGGAUGAUGAUGACUACGCAGCACACAGAGACUAGCGGCAUGGUGACUCGUCAGAUCACCAAGGAGGUGGUUCAGAGGGGCGUCAUGGGAGCAACUACUGUCACAAAGAAGAUGUUUUAUGAAUCUUAAAGGGCGCGUUUGACAAACUGGCAUCCAAAUGUUCGACAUAAUGAGAAAUUAUAUUUGAUAAUCUCUUUUAAAAAGAGUCGACUUCACAGUGCUGAGAGUGUUUUUGUAUAUGUGCGAGGGGGUGUAGCUUUCACUUUGCAACCAAAAUUACAUUCCACAUAAGAACUCGUGUCUGUUACAAUCUGCCGUCAUUUUCUUCUAUAAGUUCAGUUUGUUUUAGCAUAUCCAUACGUACCAAAUAUCAAGCUAGGUCUAUGAACUCACUUUGUGUUGCACAUUUCCUGCUAACGAGGAAAAAGCCUGAUUCUCUACUGCAGGCACAUGAUCAAAAAUAUACAGGAUGUAACAUGUUUUUGUAUCUCAUACAUUUGAAUUAAGUUGGUAUUUUUCAUGCUUAAAGUUUUUCUUCUCCCCGUGUGUUUAGCAUUUUAAGAAGUUUUUGACAGUAAGAUAUGUGUACGGUCGUCCUGAGUUACAAAACAGAUGCACACACAAAAAAAGAACAAGAAAAUAAAACCAUUUCACUUUGCCUAAAAAUUUUGGGACACCAUUUUUUAAAUGGAAGGAGUCCUAGUCCUUGAAACAGCGGAAGAUAUUGCAGUUAUUAGGGAAUAUUUUCACAAAGGAUAUUUACCAUUCAAACCCUGAAAUCAAGAAUUAGGCCUGAGCAUAGAGGCAUGAGGAAAUCUGCAUUUGUAAGAAAGCAAGGUGCUCCCUAUAGACAGUAAAAUAGUAUUUGUUGCAUUUAAGAGUGGUAAGGAUUUUUAACUAUCCAUACUGCCUGUUGCCUGUUGUUUUUUGCUUUAUUUUGUAUUUUGCGUCUUCAGGCCCCCGUACAAAUGUGUGUAAAGACAGAAAGAUUGUAUUUGCUUCUACUGCAAGUGCUACUAUGUUUGGCUUUAUAUUUUCUUUGAAAAUGCUUUUGUGAAACAUUUUUGAGGGAAGCUCCUUGGUAGGAAAAUGGAUAAGUGGAUAAACGUCUCACCAAAAAACAUUUUCAGUAGUUUUCCUGUUCUUUCGAUCAAUUAUGUAUGUCUUACUUUUUAACAGUUGAACUUUUAUUAUUUUAUUUUUCAACUAUUUUAUUGCACAUAAUAAAGAUUUGAAAGGA